GCGGCGGGAGGAGGAGGAGGAGGAGGAGGAGGAGGAGGAGGAGCGGCCCCGGCCGUCAUCGUGACAGAGCCCUCCCGACGGAGACAUCCCGACAGAGACAUCCCGACAGACGGGCGGCGCCACAGGUUGCUCCGGACGGGGACGGCGACACCGUCGGGGCCGCCGCGCCAGAUGGCCGAGAGCUAGCAAGGCACAUUCGGGACCAGACGAUGGCUCAGUUUCCCCCAGCCAUGAAUGGAGGACCUAAUAUGUGGGCUAUCACCUCAGAAGAGCGUGCUAAACAUGACAAGCAAUUCGAUAACCUCAAACCAACAGGAGGCUACAUCACGGGAGAUCAAGCGCGGACCUUUUUCUUUCAGUCGGGGCUACCAGCUCCGAUUCUUGCUGAAAUAUGGGCCUUGGCAGACCUGAACAAGGAUGGAAAGAUGGAUCAACAAGAAUUCUCCAUAGCUAUGAAACUUAUCAAACUAAAGCUUCAAGGCCAACAUCUGCCUAUGAUCCUCCCUCCUAUUAUGAAGCAACCUCCAAUGAUAUCUCCACUGAUAUCUGCUCGCUUUGGAAUGGGAAGCAUGCCAAACCUGUCCAUUCCCCAGCCCGUACCUCCUGCCGCAACUCUAGCACCCUUAUCCUCUGUGACAUCCAUGGCCUCUCUCCCUCCUCUGGUUAUGCCUGCCCCGUUGAUACCGUCUGUCAGUACGUCGUCAUUGCCAAAUGGAACGACCAGUGUGGUUCAACCAUUAUCUCUCUCGUUCUCUUCGACACUGCCUCACACGGCAUCCUAUGGCCCAGUAAUGGGAGGGUUUGGCAGUACUAAUAUGCAGAAGGCCCAGUCUCUGAUCGAUCUAGGAUCUAGUAGUUCUACAUCUUCAACGGCCUCACUCACAGGAAAUUCACCUAAGACUGGAUCCUCAGACUGGGCAGUUCCCCAACCCUCAAGAUUAAAAUAUCGCCAGAAGUUUAACAGUAUCGAUAAAGCCAUGAGUGGAUACCUUUCAGGUUUUCAAGCCCGAAAUGCCCUUCUCCAGUCAAACCUUUCUCAGACCCAGCUAGCUACUAUCUGGUCUCUGGCCGAUGUCGACGGGGACGGACAGUUGAAAGCUGAUGAGUUUAUCCUUGCUAUGCAUCUGACAGACAUGGCCAAGGCUGGCCAGCCUCUACCACUGACUUUACCUCCCGAACUUGUGCCUCCAUCUUUCAGAGGAGGAAAACAUGUUGAAACCCUUAAUGGAUCUCUGCCUUCAUAUCAGAGAAUGCAAGAAGAAGAGCCUCAGAAAAAAAUUCCAGUUACCUUUGAGGACAAAAGAAAAGCAAACUAUGAAAGAGGAAAUAUGGAACUUGAAAAGAGACGUCAAGUUUUGCUUGAGCAGCAACAAAGAGAAGCAGAACGCAAAGCUCAGAAAGAAAAGGAAGAGCGGGAAAGAAGAGAACGGGAGCUGCAGGAACAAGAAUGGAAACGACAACUCGAAUUAGAAAAACGCUUGGAAAAACAAAGGGAACUGGAAAGGCAAAGAGAGGAAGAGCGGAGGAAAGAGAUAGAAAGGCGUGAGGCAGCAAAGCAGGAGCUCGAAAGGCAGCGUCGGCUGGAAUGGGAGAGAAUUCGCCGUCAAGAACUUCUCAAUCAACGCAAUAGAGAACAGGAAGAAAUAGUCAAGUUGAAUUCCAAAAAGAAGAGUCUUCAUCUUGAGCUAGAAGCACUGAAUGGUAAACACCAGCAGAUCUUCGGACGACUCCAAGAUGUUCGAAUCCGGAAGCAGUCUCAAAAAAGCGAACUGGAAGUUCUAGAUAAGCAAUGUGACUUGGGAAUUAUGGAAAUUAAACAGCUCCAGCAACAGCUCCAGGAAUAUCAAAAUAAGCUGAUUCAUCUGGUGCCAGAGAAGCAAGUCUUAAACGAAAGAAUUCAGCAUAUUCAACUAGAUAGCACUCCUAAUUUGGGUGUUGGCGUAUUUCAUAAGAAGUCACUGGAAAAGGAAGAAGUGUGCCAAAGACUUAAAGAGCAAUUAGAUGCCCUUGAAAAAGAAACGGCAUCUAAACUCUCAGAAAUGGAUACAUUUAAUAAUCAACUCAAGUGUGGGAAUAUGGAUGAUUCUGUUCUUCAGUGCCUUUUGUCUCUGCUAAGCUGUCUCAACAACCUCUUCCUCUUACUUAAGGAUCUGAGAGAAAGCUAUAACACGCAGCAGUUAGCCCUUGAACAACUCCACAGGAUCAAGCAAGAGAAACUGAGAGAAAUUGAAAGAAAAAGAGCUGAAUUUAUUCAGAAGAAGAAAACAGAAGAUGAGAUGGCAAGGAAAGCCAAGCAGGAAAAAGAAAACCUAUGGAGAGAAAAUCUUAGAAAGGAAGAAGAAGAGAAGCAGAAGCGACUUCAGGAGGAACGACUUCAGGAUAAAAUUCAAGAAGAAAAGCAGAAAGUUGAGGAAGCGGCAGCCAAGAAUAGAGGAAGGCGAUUUGAGGAGGAAAGACAAUAUGGGGGCGGGGCUUCGAACACCUCCGAGUGUAGGACAUCAGUUAUCCUGGUGAAUUACAGAGCUUUAUAUCCAUUUGAAGCAAGAAAUCAUGAUGAGUUGAGCUUUAAUUCUGGGGAUGUCAUUCAGGUUGAUGAAAAAACCACAGGAGAACCCGAUUGGUUAUAUGGUAGCUUUCAAGGAAAUUUUGGUUGGUUUCCCUCUAACUAUGUAGAAAAAAUACCAGAAAGUGAAAAAGCUUUAUCUCCUAAGAAGGCCUUACUUCCUCCUACAGUAUCUUUAUCUACUACCUCAGCUUCCCCCGAACCAGUUUCUUCAAGUCAACAAGCGACAGAAUCCGAUUACCAAAAUACAGCUUUCUCAAACCUAACUGUCAAUACGACAUGGCAGAAAAAAUCAGCUUUUACUCGCACGGCAUCCCCUGGAUCAGUAUCCCCAAUUCAUGGACAGGGACAGGCUGUGGAAAACCUAAAAGCUCAGGCACUCUGCUCCUGGACGGCAAAGAAAGAUAACCACUUGAACUUUUCAAAACAUGACAUCAUUUCUGUGCUGGAGCAGCAAGAAAACUGGUGGUUUGGUGAGGUGCAUGGAGGAAGAGGAUGGUUUCCUAAAUCCUAUGUUAAGAUCAUCCCUGCAAAUGAAAACAAGAGAGAAUCCGAAGCUAUUUAUGCAGCUGUAAAUAAAAAGCCGAGCACGACAUCUUACACGGUUGGAGAGGAAUAUAUUGCACUUUAUUCAUAUUCAAGUUCAGAACCUGGUGAUUUGACUUUCAUCGAAGGUGAAGAAAUAUUAGUGACCCAAAAAGAUGGAGAAUGGUGGACAGGAAGUAUUGAUGAAAGAAUUGGAAUCUUUCCAUCAAAUUAUGUCAAACCAAAAGAUCAGGAGAGUUUUGGAAGUGCCGGCAAAUCUGGAAUAGCAAACAAGAAGCCUGAGAUCGCUCAAGUUACUUCAGCUUACACGGCAUCCGGUGCCGAACAACUUAGCCUUGCUCCCGGACAGUUGAUACUCAUUCUGAAGAAGAACCCUAGUGGGUGGUGGCAGGGAGAGUUGCAGGCGAGAGGAAAAAAACGUCAAAAAGGAUGGUUUCCAGCCAGCCAUGUUAAACUUUUGGGUCCAAGCAGUGAAAGAACAACCCCUGCCUUUCAUCCAGUGUGUCAGGUGAUAGCAAUGUACGACUACAUAGCAAAUAAUGAAGAUGAGCUAAAUUUCUCCAAAGGGCAACUUAUUAAUGUUCUGAACAAAGAUGAUCCUGAUUGGUGGCAAGGAGAAAUCAAUGGAGUGACUGGUCUCUUUCCUUCAAACUACGUAAAAAUGACCACAGACUCAGAUCCAAGUCAGCAAUGGUGUGCUGAUCUCCAGACCCUCAAUACUAUGCAGCCAGUUGAGAGGAAGAGACAGGGUUAUAUUCAUGAGCUGAUUCAAACUGAGGAGAAAUACAUGGAUGACCUUCAGCUAGUAAUAGAGGUUUUCCAGAAACCAAUGGCUGAGUCAGGUUCUCUUACUGAAGGAGAAAUGGCACUCAUCUUUGUGAACUGGAAAGAGCUCAUUAUGUCAAACACAAAGUUGCUCAAAGCUUUGCGCGUGCGGAAGAAAACCGGGGGAGAGAAAAUGCCCGUGCAGAUGAUUGGGGACAUCCUGGCUGCAGAGCUGUCUCACAUGCAGGCCUACAUCAGAUUCUGCAGCUGUCAGCUCAGUGGAGCAACCUUGCUGCAACAGAAAACUGACGAAGAAGCAGAGUUCAAAGAAUUCUUAAAGAAAUUGGCCUCUGACCCUCGCUGUAAAGGAAUGCCGCUCUCCAGCUUCUUGCUGAAGCCUAUGCAGAGAAUAACCCGCUAUCCACUUCUCAUUAAAAGUAUUCUAGAAAACACACCGGAAAAUCACGUAGACCAUUCUUCUCUGAAACUUGCCCUGGAGCGGGCAGAGGAGCUCUGCUCUCAGGUCAACGAGGGAGUGCGCGAGAAAGAAAACUCGGAACGCCUCGAGUGGGCCCAGACCCACAUCCAGUGUGAAGGACUUGCUGAGCAACUCAUUUUCAACUCACUCACCAAUUGCCUGGGACCCCGGAAGCUUCUGCACAGUGGAAAGUUGUACAAGACGAAGAGCAAUAAAGAACUGUAUGGAUUCCUCUUCAACGAUUUUCUGCUUCUUACCUAUAUGGUCAAGCAGUUUGCUGUCUCUUCGGGCUCUGAGAAACUUUUUAGCUCCAAAUCCAACUCCCAAUUUAAAAUGUACAAAACGCCUAUUUUCCUGAACGAAGUCUUGGUCAAACUACCAACAGACCCUUCCAGCGAUGAGCCUAUCUUCCACAUCUCCCACAUCGAUCGAGUCUACACCCUGAGAACAGACAACAUUAAUGAGAGGACGGCCUGGGUCCAGAAAAUUAAAGGUGCAUCUGAGCAGUACAUUGAGACAGAGAAGAAAAAACGCGAAAAAGCUUAUCAAGCUCGCUCUCAAAAGACUUCGGGAAUAGGACGUCUGAUGGUCCACGUUAUUGAAGCAACAGAAUUAAAAGCCUGUAAACCCAAUGGGAAAAGCAAUCCAUACUGUGAAAUCAGCAUGGGGUCCCAGAGCUACACUACGAGAACCCUUCAGGACACGUUAAAUCCCAAGUGGAAUUUUAACUGCCAGUUCUUCAUUAAGGAUCUGUAUCAGGACGUGUUGUGCCUCACCAUAUUUGACCGGGACCAGUUUUCACCUGACGAUUUCUUAGGUCGAACGGAAGUUCCACUGCCCAAAAUCCGGACGGAGCAGGAGAGCAAGGGCCCUACCACGAGGCGAUUACUGCUACACGAGGUUCCCACGGGUGAAGUCUGGGUCCGCUUUGACCUGCAGCUCUUUGAGCCAAGAACGGUGACCUGAGUGAGGCUCUGAAGCCCAGCCCAGUCGGGCCGUUUCCCUGUCUGGAAACUGAAAAUUGCACAGAAUAGACUUCGCCUAAGGCUGAGCGAGCGUUCCGCGUCAACCGUCUCGAAUUCCAGUUGGCAAUCUAUGCAAAUGUGGACGUGACUGUAUAGGAAUAAAACUGUAGCCCAGUGCCUUUUAUUAACAUUAGCUACUCUCUAGAACUGUUCAGGUGCCAGGAUUCCCAUGUUCAGGGCCAUAAAAAGUAUUAAAGUAGGAAUGUGGCAUCUGAGCAGCCGUAUACAAGUGUUACCACUUUCAGGCGUUACACUGAGGAAUGGUUUAGUUGAGAGCUAAUCUCAUUCCAUUUGAAAUGUGAUAUCUACUGGAAUUGUACCUUCUCAGGAUGUUAAUUUGCGGGGGGAGGGAGGGCAGGGUUAAUUGCUAAAGGCCUUAGCACUUAAGGAGUCUCUUAAAAUUCCAAUAUGUUGUAUGUUCUGUCAAAACAUCUACUGCACUGAAUAGAAAAUGGAAACUCGGUAGCUUUCCUUCAGUCAAGUUUUGUUAAAUCAUUCUCGGCAGAGACGAUAUGGUUUAAAAGAAUAGGGGAGAAACUCAAUUUCCUGAAAAUACUGUGACCUCCAACAGUGCGGAAAAUAUUUUUCAGUUUGAAGUUUCCUAAAUGUAAAUUGUAUGUGUAAAGUCCUUGGUUUGAAGAAUUCCAUAGGAAAUGCUUCUUGAAGAUUUGUCAUCGCCAACUGUACAGAAAAAGAAAAAUAUAAAUUUAUGAAUGGUA